AUGGCAGAUCCCCAACAAGUUGAGCAGCCCAUCGGGGCCGACGAAGUCGAAGCCACGGCCGCGAUCGACAACUCAGGUACCCAGCAGACAGCGUCUACCCCUUUCCAACCCAUUUACACCCUUGUGAACAACACAUCGACCAGGACCACACACCACCCCCGCGUGAAAUAUAUCUUUAGCGACGACGACCCAGAUGAGCUCAUGCAGGCCCUAGCCCAGCAAGACCACGCGAACCUGGGCGAGUCGGCCUCGGGCCCUGCACCGGACCAUCGGGCCAUACUAUUAGAUUUGACAUCGGCGAGUGAUGGCACGCUCAACGUGUCGUGGGCAUCCAGCCUCUCGCCAUCCUGGGCCGUCCUUGAUGCUCAGGUCACCAAAAUCUCACCGCCGUCGUCGGAUGGCGGAGGCAAUAGUGACCCUACCGCAAGUCCGACGCAAAAGAAACCCGACCGGCUCAUGCUCCGGAUAGAAGGGAUUGAUGGGGGCUCCCUAGCAUCGGACAGCGAGCUGAGGCUUUCCGAUGAGAAGAGCCGGCUGGGGUCCUCUGGCAGUGCCAGUGGCAGUGGGCAGAGGGUCACGGAAACAGAAGACUACAAUGCCCUGGUCGACGAGUUCGAUAAGCGAAUGUCUCUGCUUAGAAAGGUCGUUGACGCAGGUGAAGAGAGGCGGAGAAAGGUCGCUGAAGGUACUGGACUGGGGCCAAAUGUGCAACAUGAUAUACCUCCCGAAGCAGUGCCCACAAGUACGGAGAACUUGCGGAAGUCUGUUGACUCCGGAUGA